AUGGAGGUUUUGCUCCUUCAAUACCCAUUUACUUUUCUGUUCAUCGUGUUUCUAGUCCUUUACCAGGUGAAUCCUGCAUUCAGAUACUUUUGCAAGAUGACCUUCUAUAAGUUGUGGUUCUCUACCAUAAGUAUUCUGGUUAUUAUAAUAAGUAUUCCUCGUGGACGUAAUGUGGAAAACAUCAAGUUUUUGCGCAUGUUAUUACUGCCACUCAAAUACAUCUUUGGGGUCAAGAUAGUGGUGAAGGGCAAGGAGAACCUCAGGACUAAGAGACCUUUCGUCCUCGUGUUGAAUCACCAGACCUCCCUUGACAUUAUGGUGAUGAUGGAGAUAUUACCAAGUCGCUGUGUGCCCAUUGCAAAGAAGGAAAUCCUAUACAUGGGCACUUUCGGCAUAGCAUGCUGGCUUUCAGGACUCAUUUUCAUUGACCGCAAGAAGAAGGAAGAGUCUAUCACUGUCUUGACAGAUGUGGCACAGUCCCUGCACAAAGAAAAUUUCUGUGUCUUGAUCUUCCCUGAAGGAACUCGCAAUCAUAGUGGCUCCAUGUUGCCCUUCAAACGUGGGGCUUUCCAGCUGGCUGUGAGAGCCCAGGUGCCCAUUAUUCCUGUAGUGAUCUCUUCCUACCGUGACUUCUACAACCACAAGGAGAAGAGAUUUACACCAGGGAAAAGCAUUAUCCAGGUCCUGCCAGAAGUGGAGACCCUCGGCCUGGGCCCAGAUGAUGUUCCCAGGCUCACCGAGCAGGUCCGUGACUCCAUGCUCACCACCUAUCAGGAGAUAUCAGGAAUGACGAACGGGGCUUCCCAUUAGCGAUGUCAUCUUCCAGCUCCAGCUGUGUGUGUAGCAGGUGAGGGGGAGGGCAUGGCAGCCACAAGAAGUUCUGGCAGCAGAGACAACCAUGGAUUGCAACCCAGACAUACCAGAGACAGGCAAAACGUCCACAGAGGAAGAAAAGCUUUUAAGUGGAGGCAGUGAAAUGGUUGCCGUGUUCCUUCCAGAGAACUGUGCCACCUCUGUGGACAGACACACAGUGGGUAGUGGGACAUUUCUUUGUAAUUGUAACCCUGAGAACAUCUCUCCAGCUGGACCUCAGGCAGAGCUGGACCUUUCCUGUGAGCAUCUUAUAGUCAACUUUUCCUAUUCCAAACCAACAAGGUAGAGGCAUU